AAUUUGACAUUAAUACGCUGAUCUGAAAACUAGAGUUUGGAGUUUGAAUACUCUAGUUUGCACUAUUUUGGCGGCCGAACGGUUCUUUUACUACGGCGGGCAAUAGCAGGUUUCAGCAUGGUUACAAAAUCUGUCCCUAAACCGAAGUCGCAUAAACCAGCCUCAAAGAAAAAGCAGGUCCUGAAGUUCAGUAUAUGCAUCUCGCCCGGAGUUAUUGAUGAAGAUAUAGUUAGCCCUAGUUUACUUGAAAAAUAUUUGAAAGAACACAUAAAAGUGGAUAACAAGCUUAACAACCUUGGGAAAGAUGUUCACGUUGAACGUGACAAAUCGACUAUACAUGUUACCGCAAACAUCCCUUUUUCGAAAAGGUAUCUUAAAUAUCUGACAAAGAAAUUCCUCAAACGUCACAAAUUGCGAGAUUUCCUUCGCGUCGUAGCGAAAUCAAAGGAUUCUUACGAAUUUCGGUUCUUUAACUUUGAAAAUGAAGAUACGGAUGAUGAAGAGGAGAACUAGUCGUUAUAUGUAAUAAAUGGAUAAGUGCCGGACAACUGUCAUUUUUCUCAUCAUGGGUAAAUGUGUUCCCCGUUCCCCUACGAACUAGCUUAUUGCUGCGGUGAACUCAACUGUAUAGUAUAAAUUUGGCUAACAAACAGGUCAUUAAGUUAAGAUUUAUCCAUUGGAUGUCGACAAUGAUAAUCCUCUUGUUCUAAUGAUAAACCAGUGUUAUAACUAAGGUAACCCUCACAUGUCGGCUCUUAUCCUAAAAUUUUGUCUACACAUAUUUACAUCGUCAAAUUGUAGUUUCCAAAAUCUAAAUAGUCGAAAGAAUUUUAUUCAAUGUAAACAUUUCUUUCAAGGUUUUUCCACACAGUUGCCAAUUUUCGG